UUUAAAAAUCUAAUACCAUUGAAUAUCUGUGAAUAAUUAACUGUAUUUCGUAAGUUGUGUACAUUUAACAUUUACAUUUAGUAUAAUACAAUAGAUACAGUAAAACGGUAAAUAAUACGAAGGUGAUAAAUCUUAUCGUAAAAUUCUUCUUUUCACCACUUAUUAGUUGACUACAAAAAUUCAACCAAUGCUUUAAAUAUUUCUUAAAAGAUACGCUAAAUUUAAAUCUAAGUCGUCAUCGCACCGUUACACGAGGAAGCAAGAACCCAGAAUGGUCCCAUUCGAUACAUCCAAAAGAAUGAAAAAGAUUUCGAUAAUCGGCCAAUGCAGCGGGCUAAGGAAUUCCUAAAAUCCGGCAAUUGAGAGUGAACGACCAUCGAGUGGUGAACAAAGAAACGGUUUGCCUUUUUCCUCGUCUUCCUUUUUUCCUACUCCAGCCGAAACCUUACACAAUUUAUGCAUCCGAAACAAACAGUAACGUGGCUACGCUAUAAAUAUCGUGGAAGAGGCAAAAAAUAUCUGGACCGUAGCUCCGUUUCAGCAGGAGCAUGGGCGCAGAGAAUCGAAUCUCGCGCGUCCUGCACGCUUUCCUCGAGGAACGAAAUACCGGAAGUAAACGAAAGGGUAUCGCAGCCCGACGAAGCCUGAUAGCCUGUGGCCCGACAAAGGGGGUUGGCAAAGAAACAGAAGGACGAAAGCAAUAAAGUACCGUAAGGAAGAUAGGGACAGAGGAUAUCAAGGUAGCUAAGAAGAAGAAGAAGAGGGAAAGGCGUAGGAGGAGGUCGCAGAGAGUCAAAAGAAGGCGCGAAGCAGGAGAAGGAAGGAAGGAAGGUGGCUUGAGGGCUGGUGAAGGGCAGAAGAACCCAAGAAGUACAGAGUAGAAGGAGUAGGAGAAGCUGUUGAAGGAGGAGACGAAACAUGCAUGCAUGCAUGCAUGAGACAGGCAGGCGGACAAACAGGCAGACAUAGAGGCAGGCAGAAGGCAUAGAGGCAUACGGGCAGAUAGGCGAGCGAGCCGCUGCCGCAGCCGCAGCCGCGAUCGCGCGCUUCAACAAGGGAAGUGGGGACAGCAUAACGCAGCGCGGCCGCGUGUGCAGACCGCUUUUGCAGAGCUUCGCUCGGCACACGGGCAAACGUUCCGCCUUGUACCGCUGCUGCUAGCUGCUGCUGCUGCUGCUGCUAGCUGGCUGCUGCUGCUGCUGCCGCUGCUGCCUGCCGACUGUCGACUGCUACUCUCAGUCUGCCGGGCGGCCUCGUGCGCGCUUGGUUUCCAUCCAACGAAUCCGCGCGCUCGUUCCCGAGGCGGAACAAUUCGAACGAGCUUAGGAAACGAUUGCAAACUACUAACCAAGAGGUUAGCCGAGGCGAACGAGCCAAGCCGUGGUUGCAUCGGCUCGGAAAUCGAGCGGCGCUCGUCACUCCUCGUCGGACGAUCGACGAGGAUCCGUGAGUGAGGCAGGUCGAGGAAGCCGGCUCGUUCGCCGACGCGAUCAGACACAUCAGCCGACGACCGCCACUUCCUUACUACGAUACGUUUCCAUCGUACGCGUUUCCACGUGUCGGUUAUCGAACAGCUGCGGACGAUGAUGGUACGCGGGUGGUGCGCCUAUGUGCCUUGUGCUGAUGUUCGAUCGUGAGUCGAUCGUACAGCUCGGGACACGCGUGACUGGACAGAGUCCUCCCAGGAAACUUACGUUGAUCUCUCGUGGUGCAACCGUGACCAGGACACGUCGCUCUUCUACAGGUGUUUCGAAUCGAUCGUUCCGCUUCCACGCCAGUUCCCUUCCAUUCUACCGUGCCCGGUGCUCCUCUCGUGGAUGGUGUGAGAUGUUCAGUGAGUUUCCUUCGCCGAACACGUGAGCCGCUCGCUGCUCUGCACGGGCCCUGUCUCUCGUCGCGUGCUUCCUUCGGCGUCGCAGUUUCUCUCCGGAGAGCCGCGUGCACCGGACGGAUAAAAUUUCCAUCGCCUCCACUUCUGGUGUAUCCUUCGCGAACAACAAACGUUUCACGUAUCCGUGCACGAUCGAUCGAUCUUUUAUUCUCUGAAAUUGUGACAGAAUAUUUGGUGAGCAAAUAUUACCCAUUUCGCGCGCGAUUUCCAUGGUGACAUUCUUAUUAGAUUCGAAUUGACGGAAGCAACGGAGGAAGAUAAGUCGAUUUUUUCCUGUGUCUCGUACAAAGUUGACACCGACACGGUUGUUUAUAUUCGGAAGGUGGGUCGUAGAAGAAGGUUCGCGUGGCACGCAUAGGCAGAUGGGACGGGAGGGAGGGUAAAAACAAACGGAGAAACGGAUCCGCUCGGUCGUCGCUCGAUCGCGUGUCAUUGUUACGAAUCAGGUCGACUCGAACGGAGCCGCCACCAGCAGCUGGAUCGCGCGCGUAAACGAUCGAAACGGACGUUUUCAGCGAACGGUGCGUUAAAUGACGAGGACCGCGACGACCACGACCACGACCACGACCACGACGACGACGAGGAAAAAGCGUUGAGAGGAAGUGGUGAUUUUUUGGACAGAAACAUUCAGAGAUACAGAGAACGGUCGGUUUUCGAGCCAGAGUAGACAGCAGCGUGGCAGAUGAGAUGUGAAGCACGAGGACUAAGCGGCGUGGAGCUAGCUGGAGCGAAGGCGGAAGUUGAGAAGCCAAAGGUGCCGAAGGCGGUCGCAGGGACGGCGGCAGGUCGAGGGGGCACCUGGCGGGGGACGCCUGAGAUGACGACCCUUCGACGGGGUAUCGUGGCACCCCGGUACAACACCUACGUCCUCGUUUCCCUCAUCGGACUAUUGUUACAAACACAGUCAGCCACUGGUGGUAUUUGUUGGUCUUCUAUCAGCAACGGUCGCUGUAAGGAGCUCCUAUCUCAAGGUGUGACGAAAGAACAUUGCUGUGCGUCCAACGCCGAAGCAGCAACCGCGUAUUCCGAGGAAGACCUCGACAGUGGAAGUCUCUUUUUUUGGCGAGUCCUCGGAGGAGGAGUACAGUGUCGUCCUUGCAGAGAAAGCUGCAAGGAAGUAAGGUGCGAAGAGGGAAAGAAGUGCGUGGUGCGUAAAGGUAGACCAAGGUGUGUUUGCAGCCCCGAGUGUAAAGCGCCAAGAGGUGGAGGUCCGGUCUGCGGGACGGACGGGAAGAGUUAUAAAAAUCUGUGCAGACUGAAGAAACGAGCUUGCAAGAAGGGAAGCCACGAGCUAGCGGUUGCCUAUAACGGCCACUGCCAAAGUUCGUGCGUACGGGUACGUUGCGGCCAAGGUCGGAGCUGCGUGUUAGACCAGAACCUGAGCCCGCACUGCGUGAGGUGCGCCCGCAGGUGCCCUCAGCCGCCCCCGCAACAACGAGCCGUCGCACGCCCCGUUUGCGGGGCCGACGGAAACACCUACAAGAGUGCCUGCCACCUGCGACUCGCCGCCUGCCGCGCAGGUCGCGCCAUUCCCGUCGCCUAUAAGGGCCACUGCAAACAGAACGCCGACUGCACGACGAUUCGUUGUCGCGAGGGGCAGACGUGUCUGUCGGAGAUGAAGUCGGGCCGACCACGUUGCGUAACCUGCACCUAUCGUUGUCCCCGGAAGCGGGAACGGGUCCGGAACCGGACGCACCGUGAUCGAGAUCCAUCGGCGACCAUGUUGUGCGCCACGAACAAUAUCACCUAUCCCAGCUGGUGUCACAUCGUCAAGGACGCAUGCGAUACCGGCUUCGUCCUCGAGACGCGACACGCCGGCCCCUGCAACGCCCACGACACCUCUCCUUUCUAUAUCGAGGAAGACAACACCUCGAGCAACUACGGGGUUGAUCUGGCGGACGAGGACGCGAGAUUCGAGGACGUCGAAACGGAGUCGUUGUCGUACAACGGGCAAACGCAUCGUUCAUUGGCAUUGUCGUAGCGUGAGACGGAUCGAUCGAACGAUCCUACGAUCGACACGACUCGUAGAUCUUUGCACGGUGCUUGCUCCGAGGAGCCACGGGAAACGUUUGAACGUCACGGACGUGUCGUGAUCGCGGAUCCAUGGACGAGGAUGGAUCAAUCGUUGGCCACUGUCGGGCCGGUUAUUGUUUAGAGGAAGUCACGACGACGGGAAAUCACGUGAACUCGUUGAACUCGACGAGGAACGUUAACGCGAAUCGUGGAAACAGAUUUCGCACCCCGGCAAAAAUGCAGUUGUGCCCGGUUAAGUUAGAUUAACGGCAGAAUCAGUAUUCUUCCCUCCGUUUUCGGAGGAACCGACAAUUUGUCUCGUUCGCGAACAAGCGACGCUGUGCUCGAAGGAAAGCUCGACGGAUCAAGACGAAUUAACACUUUCGCGAUUGCAUACGCGUCGCUGCGUGCCGUGUUUCUUAAGUGUCGGGAGCCAUUCGCGCAGCUUCGUAUUCCAUUGUCUCGGUAUAUACAUUCGAGGCUCACGUAAGAUCCUUAAGGCUUUCAUGGUUUCGAUUGUCACCGUUACCGGUAUCCGAGGCUUUCGGGUUUAAAAUACGUUUAACGUGAGAAUUAUCUCAAUGUUUAGUUAACAUUGCAGCUACAGCUCUUUGUCAAAGUUCUAGGAAUUGAUACUAAAAGUAAGUAAGUAUUAUAUUUGAAUAUCUAUGCAUUCUAAUUAUUCAGAAAGCCAAGCCACCAAGUACUUUAGGAACUAAUUGUUAGAUCUUAAGCGUCUGAGUAACUAAGUACCUUAAUAUUUAAACAAUAAUACUCAAAAAAUAUUAGUACUCAGACUAGCAUUAGCUACUUAGAUACUUAGAAAUGUAGGUACUUAGAUACUCAGACACUUAGAAGCUUGAUACCUAGUCUCGAAUUUCUAAUUAAACUAGCUACAAUGUCGAUGCAACGAAAUAAUUUUCCUGUUGGACAUAACUUAAACUCGAAAGUAUCGAACAGCCCUAACGGCGAAGCUCAAAACUCGUUCAGAAAUUACUUGAACAGAGGCAGGUAAUCGUACGAGGUUGUUCGUGUCGCAUAAAUACGUUCGGUAUUAUCGUCGACGUGAAUUUCGAAUAACUGUACAGACGAUGAUUUUGCAAUAUCGAACGAUGAUUUUAAAGAAACACCAGAGAACAGGAUUUAUCGUUUACGCAGGCGGUUGAUAAAUUUGGAUCCACUAGAAUCUCGCGACUCAAACGCAUGAAUAUGUUUAAGUGAAUCUGUAAAUUACUGUAAGUAUUCGUAUCGCUUCCUCUCUUCAGCCUUUUUUUAGCGUUACUCUCACUCGUAAUCGGUUUUAGUAGAUAACGUACCGCAGUGUUCUUUUUGUAUUAAUUUAUUAUAAUGUUAAUUAAUUUAUUGUUCAAUGCAGUAUGAAUAAACGAAGUCUGAUUGCAGAA